UUUUCAAAAAAAAAAAAAAAAAACGUCUUGAUCGAUUCUUCUUCUUGGCCCUUUUUUAAGUACAAUACAACUAUAAUCGUCCUAACGAGCUUUAGUGUUCUUGUGAAUGAUAUCAAACGUCUCACGCCAAAAACACAUCAAAUUGACGACGAUAUUAUGGCGACUGGAUCCAGUAGUACUACUUCUCGAUCUCUUCAGGACACACCCACUUGGGCUCUCGCUACAGUUUGCUUCAUCUUCAUUUCCCUCUCCAUCUUGAUCGAACACUUAAUCCAUCUAAUUUCCAACUGGCUUAAAAAACACAGAAAGACUGCUUUAUUUGAGGCCGUGGAGAAGCUCAAAUCAGUGCUCAUACUGCUGGGUUUCAUGUCUUUGUUAUUGGCCGUGACUCAAAGACCCAUCUCCAAAAUAUGCAUACCCACAAAAGUCGCAUACACCAUGCUUCCAUGCCGGAAAAGUGGACCCACCAAAACUACCAAAGCUCUUGCAGUGCUGCUUAUGGAAGAUUUGUCGGAAAAACCAGGAAGAAGAUUGGCGGGAUCAGGCGCUUCCAGCUCUGAUCACUGUGAAUCCCAGGGAAAGACGUCAUUUAUAUCACAGGAGGGGAUCAACCAGCUCAACAACUUAAUCUUUGUGGUGGCAAUUAUGCAAAUUGUCUACAGUGUCCUCACUAUGGCCUUAGGAAGGGCCAAGAUGAGGCGCUGGGAGAAAUGGGAGAAGGAAACUCAAACGCUGGAAUACCAAGUUGCUAAUGAUCCUUAUCGAUUUAGGUACACGAGACAAACAACAUUUGCGCGCAGACAUAUGAAUACUUGUACAGCAACGUCAUCUAUGCUUCUAUGGAUUAAAUGCUUCUUCCAACAAUUCUUCCGUUCUGUUGCAAAAGUUGAUUAUCUUACCCUACGUCAUGGUUUCAUUGCGGUUCAUUUAUCGACAAACAAUUCAUUCGAUUUCCAAAAGUACAUACAAAGAUCACUGGAGGAUGAUUUCAAAGUUGUAGUUGGCAUCAGCCCCGUCAUGUGGUUUUUAGUGGUCAUCUUCAUGCUUGUGGACGUGCACGGUUGGCAUGUAUACCUCUGGGUCUCAUUCGCCCCAUUACUUAUAGUGCUUGUUCUUGGAACCAAGCUGGAAGUAAUUGUAGCAAGAAUGGCUCAUGCGCUUGAUGAGAAGAAUAACGUGAUCAUAGGAAGUCCUUUGGUGCAACCAAAUGAUAACCUCUUCUGGUUUGGUCAUCCCAAAUUCGUCUUGACCUUUUUGCAUUUAACUUUGUUUAUGAAUGCUUUCGAGCUUUCUUUCUUUGUUUGGGUCACGUGGCAAUUUGGUAUAAAGUCUUGCUACCAUGAACAUACAGACAUUAUCGUGAUAAGGGUGGUCUUGGCAGUCACAGUUCAACUAAUUUGCAGUUACGUUACUCUUCCUCUGUAUGCUCUUGUAACGCAGAUGGGGUCAAAUUUCAAGAGUGCGGUGCUAGAAGAGCACACUGCGAAGGCCAUAAGGCAAUGGCAUGAAGAAGCAAAGCAAAAGAGGAAGAAAAAUCACACUUCACAAUCAACACACAACGACUCUUCUUCUACCACUAUAGACCACACGUCGGCUACAAACAUAAACAGUAUUAGUCCUGAUCAUCCUGUUUCUGGUCAUCACACUCGGUCACCAAGUUUUGCCGAUCAAAUUUCCCCAUUUUCGACGGACAACGAGAUCGUUGAAGAGCACUACUCUCAAGAAAUUGGCCAGAAUACCGAACUUGACCAAUCUGUAGCACUUCCAUCUUCCACGGUGCAGGACAUAAAAAUGCUUGGUUCGGAAGAAAAACCUAUAAAUGGAUAAUAGCUGAUCAUUUGUUUUUAAUUUUUUGACAAAUAUAUAUUGAAAAAUGAUUCAAUGAGGGAGGAUGAUACAUACUAGGGAAGGAUAGCGCAGUGAUAAACUAGAGCUUCUUGAGCCAUUUUGGCUUCUUUCUUCUUCUUCUUCUCUCUCUCUCUUGACAAAUACAACGACAUUUGGUUUUUCCUGGAAAAUCUAAAUGACUUGUCGUUUUCUGCUGUUCAUAUUGUUUAGUGGACCUGGGACAGAACGAGAUUUGUU